AUGCAUGGCUUUCAACUGCACAAAUACCUUCCUUUAUUAAUGUACGGGAACAACAACCUUGGCGUUCAGCCAUCUCAUCCGGGAUCCAUCAAGUGUAUGCUAGAGAGUGACGAUAAGGGAAAUGGUUUUCUGAAUGACUUCCGUGCUGCUUUGGCCCAAGGCUACGGUGAAUAUCUUGAAACCUUAAUAACCUGGCUGGAAGGUCUCGGGUUAGGAUAUUCUGCACAGAUAUCGUAUAACCUGCCAAUCGAUAUGGAAACAAAUAUUGACCGCGUGACCGCGCCGGAAUGCGAAUCUUCGGCCUUCAAUAACAACAUUGACGGAUAUCGUCAGUUCUCUGGGGCCACGAAUGUUGCCCAAAAGCCAGUCAUCUCCAACGAAAUAGGAGACGAUUUGAACAAAGCUCUUCGUCUCCCAAUGUUCGAGCUCUUGGGUCAGAUCAGCAGCGCAUUUGCUGGUGGGAGUAACCAACUUGUGUUUCAUGGGCAGACUUUCACGGGAGACUAUUACGAAACAACCUUGCCAGGAUAUCUCGCGUUUUUCCUUCUGUUCUCUGAAUCAUACAUGAACAAGCAGCCUGCAUGGACGCUAGGCAUGCCAGAUGCCAUCAAUUAUAUCAUCCGCAACCAGUAUAUUCUUCACCAAGGGCAACCCCGAACCGACAUUGCAUUCUACAACAAAGUGUCGUAUACGGAUCCUCAGCUGAGCACCAUAUACCCUGGCGACGACUUGGUCAACAACGGCUACACUUAUUCUUAUUUAAAUCCUACCAAUCUUAACCUCUCCCAGGCAUAUGUGUCAAACAAUCUGCUUGCUCCCGAAUCACCUGCGUACCAAGCCCUUGUUGUUACCGCCCGAGAAAUCGUUACUUUGGAAGCAGUCUCCAAGAUUCAAGAACUUGCCAAUGCCGGUCUUCCUAUUAUAAUCAGUGGGGGACUCCCGGGAUAUUACACCAGUGGUAACGGAUCACUACAGAAAUCCGUGCAAGAGGCUUUACAAACCCUCCAAGGCUCUCGGAACGUUCAUACUGCUGAGAAUGGCCAGAUCGCUGCAAAGCUCAACGAACUUGAUAUCCGCCCUCGUGUUGAGGUCUUCGCUCCCAGAAAUGUUACAUGGUAUCCUAUCCUACGCAGUGACAAGUCUACGGACUACGCCUUUCUCUUCAGUACGGAAAGUGCAUCAAUGGGCCAUGUUAUUGUCAACUCGACCAAAACUCCAUAUAUUCUCAAUAGCUGGACUGGAGAGCGAACUGCUCUCUUAGGCUACCAGGUUCAAGGACAAACCACAAAAAUCCCUCUGAGUCUCGCCCCUAAUGAAACUGCCAUUCUCGCCUUCAGCAAUGACUGGGCUUUGGAAGUUGCUACGCCUCCGUUGCAUGCAGUUCAUGUCCCCUCGAAUGUCUUGGGGUAUAACGUCACUUCUUCUGGAAGUUUGGCUGUGCAUGCCAAAACUGGAUCACUUCCAAGUGACCACCUCUUGAAACUCUCCAAUGGCAAGACAUUCAACAUCUCGGCGAGCGCGGCUUUGUCUUCGUUUUCUUUGAAUGGUUGGGAGCUGGUUGCCGAGCAUUGGGAGGCUCCACGCAGCAUGUCAGACGCGACGAUCGUAGCUGAAAAGCACAACACAACACAUCAUCUCAACUCUUUGGUAUCUUGGCUAGACAUCGCUGGGUUGUAA